AAGGGGAGCUUAGUCCCUUCGCACACAUCGAUAUGGAUGUUUCGAAGUAUUCGGCAUAUGACGAUUAUAAAUGGGCUGUCGGAAUAAAUCAAGUUAUCUUAACACUGUGUGGUAUUUGGCCAAAAAACAACGAAACUAAACAGGAAAAAUUGUUAUCCAAUAUACGUGUAAUUCUUAUGUUAAAUAUUUUAAUCUGUGGCUGCUUCAUUCCAACUAUACAUUCUUUGUUUAAAAUUUGGGGUGAUAUAAUGUGCAUGAUUGAUAACAUGCAAUAUACUUUACCACUUUUUAUAAUAUUAAUAAAACUUUCUACUAUGUGGAUCAGAAAAAAAGAUAUUUUACUGCUUUUAAACAUGAUUAAGGAUGAUUGGUUGAAACCAAAAAAGAUAAAAGAGAGAGAUGUUAUGAAAAAACGCGCGCGACUAGCACGUAUAUUUACAAUAUUCGGAUAUUUCAUGAUGUUGGUGUCUUACAUUUUGGUUGUGGUUCUUCCUAUUUUUGGUAUUUCAAUGAGAUAUUUAACGAAUAAAACGGAUCCAGACAAAUUAACGCCGCUACAAUCGUAUUAUAUUUAUGAUAAGAACAAAAGCCCAUUUUUCGAAGUAUCUUAUAUUAUGCAGAGUCUUGGUUUGAUGGUGGCUGGCGUUACAUACAGUAGUGUAGAUAGUUUCUUCGGUUUGCUAGUUUUUCAUGUGUGUGGUCAACUAGAAAAUCUCAAGAUGCGAAUCAUCCACUUGGAUAAGUUUAAAAAUUUCGAGAUUGCUCUAUCCCACAGCGUACAGGAUCAUAUACGUCUUAUUAGAUUUAUUAAUAUGAUUGAUGAUAUAUUUACUUUAAUGCUACUUAGUGUGCUAUUGUACUUUGGCAUUGUAUUUGCAUGUUACGGUUUUCUACUAGGUACUAUGGUGAAUCAAGGUCGCAAUCUGCCAGUACCACGUUUAAUUUUAAUUAUAUUGGCAUCAGUUAAUUCAUUUGCACACACAUGUCUCUAUUGCGCUGUAGGAGAAAUUUUAGUCACACAAUGCGAAGGAGUUUACGAAGCCGCAUGCAAGUACAAAUGGUACAAUUUGGAUCCAAAGAAAACAAAGAGCUUAAUGAUGAUAAUGAUUCGAGCCAACAAACCGUCGUAUCUUAGCGCAGGAAAAUUGUUUCCUAUGACGAUGUCUACAUUUUGUAACAUGAUAAAAACAUCGGGCGGUUAUAUAUCAGUUUUACUGGCACAUCGAGAAUAAAAAUAGAAAUCUAUAAAAAUCAGCAGCAACAUUUAAUAGGAAACAUUCUUUUAAAUUUAUUUGAUAAAAAUUUCAAAAUUCUAUAUAUUUCUAUAAAAUUCUAUAUACAAAAUAUUUUAUUCGCUUGCAAAUAUCGCUCAUAUAUGAUUGAUCAUGAAUUCAAUAAAGAUUAUGCUCUUCACAGCUGUGUACAUAUUUUAAUACGUAUAUUAUUACAUUAGUCAUUAUUGAGUUUUCUGAAGUUUGCCAGACGCUGUGUGAAAACAGAUCCACACAAUGAAGCUGCUAGCAUGUAUCCUGAUCGCAUUAGCGGUGGUUAAGUUGGGUGUCUAUGGAGAUAAACCAAAGAAGUUAGUAGGUGGCACACCCACUACCAUAAAUGAGUCCAUAUCCGCAUUGUGUCUCCAUAAGAAACAAUAAUAGGCAUAUGUGUGGCGGCAGUACAACGCUUCACGAUACAUCCUAACUGCAGCACAUUGCGUGGAACCUCUAAUUCGUUACCGCGUCCUAUGGGGAAGAAUCACCAUUGUUUCUGGUACGACCAAUCUUAGUCGAGGUGGACAAAUUCAUAGGGUAGAAAAUAUGUAGUACUACAAUGAUUAUAAUCCCAAUCAUCCUGCGAGUAGAGGCCCUUAUGAUAUCGCUGAAAGAGCCUAUUCCAUUUAAUUCAGUACAACAAUCAAUUCCCGUCUCUACAAGUAAUGAUGCUGUUACGAUUGCUGCCUGGCAAUUCUAUGGCUUCGGAGAAAGCAUUCAUGACGGCUUACAAAAAUUGCACGCACAAACCAUACCUCCGGAAGAAUGCCAGAAAUAUCACGAAAAUAUUAUGCUCGUUGACAAGAGCGAGGUGUGUACACUUAUCAUACGCGGAAAGGAAUCAUGCCAGGGUGACAGCGGUAGCGGACUGAUUUUAGAUAAAGAUAGACGUCUCAUCUGGUUUCUGGUGGAAAACCAUGCGCUACGAGUGUAGCGGAUGUAUACACUAAUACUUAUUUCUACAACGAUUGGAUCUUACAAAUAAUAGCAUUAUAAUAUUCUAAUAUUUUUCUUUAUAUAUUACAUGUUCCUAGUACUAAAUAAAGAUUAUUGAGCAAAUGCA